AUGGUCAACCCUCAGUCACGACUCAUGAGCCUCAGCUGUGGCAGCACUUUCUCUCCACAGAACCCAGUGCAGGAGUGGGGUGAGGAGUUUGAGGAGGGGGCGUUGUAUGGAAUCACCCUGCGUCGGGAGCCCGUCCAGAUACCAGCCAGCCCCACCGAGGCCCGGCCAUGCGUUGCCUUCGUCCAGUACCGGACCUGUAAGGUGCGCAGGCUGAAGGCAGCCACCCUGAACCGUCUAGUGAGCCACCUCCUGGACCCCUGCUGCCAGGAGCCCGACUACAGACGGAUCUUUCUGUCCACCUACCAGACCUUCACCACUACCAGUGCACUCAUUGAGCUGCUCUUCCAGGGGGACAAUGGGGCUUCAGACGUGUACAACAGUGAAUGUCACAGGAGGUGUCUGUUGCCCCUGAUCCAGACUUGGUUGGAGGAGUACAGUGAGGACUUCCGGGAUCCUCCUCAGCAUCCCUCCCUAAGGCUGCUGUUGGACCACCUGCACUACCUAUCCUCCUUCUGUUCACUGGCCCAGCGCUCUGAAACUCUGCUUAAGAAGUUCCAGAGAGAAGAAAUGGAUAAUGGUGGCCAUUCUGCCCAGGCUGAGGUUAAUCAGGAAAACGAGAGCUCAGGGGAGGAAGGCCUAGAAUGGUACAGCCCACUGGAUCAGGGUGACAUCAUGGACUUCUCAGUCACAGGCAUCGCAGAACAGCUCACCCGACUGGACGCUGGGCUGUUUAGGAAGGUGGUUCCCUACCAGUGUCUGGGCUGUGUGUGGUCCCAGAGAGACAAGAAGGAGAACCUGUCUGCUACCGUUAGCGCCACCAUUUCCCAGUUUAAUGCAGUCACCAACCGAGUCAUCACCUCCCUGCUCUGCCGGCCCACCUCCAGCCCCACUUCUGUCCGCAGGGCCUCCAGCCCAGCUCAGAGGGCCUGCGUCAUUGAGAAGUGGAUCAGAGUAGGACAGGAGUGUCGGCAGCUGAAGAAUUUCUCCUCUUUGAGGGCCAUCCUGUCUGCCCUUCAGUCCAAUGCUGUCUACAGGCUGAGGAAGACGUGGGCUGCUGUGUGUAGGGACAGCGUGGCCAUCUUUGAUAACCUCUGUGAAACCUUCCCUGAUGAGAACUGUGUGUUAAGCAACAGAGAGAUCAGUUUGGAGAGCACCUCCAGUGGGGUGGUUCCUUACCUGGGCACAUACCUGACUAUCCUCACAAUGCUGGACACUGCUCUACCAGAUACUGUGGAGGGGGACCUCAUAAACUUUGAAAAGAGGAGGAGGGAGUUUGAGAUUCUCUCUCAGAUCCGGCAGCUCCAAACCUCCUGCUCUCAGUACAACCUGCCCCAUCACACCAGGAUCACUGCCUGGUUGCAGGGCCAGAAGCUGCUCACUGACCAGGAGAGCUAUGAACUGUCCAGAAACCUGGAGCCUCCAAUAGACCUCUGCUCCCCAAGCGCCUGGAGCCACCGUUUGCUCAGCAAGAAACUGUCCUCACUCCUGAAAGUGAGUGAGGGAUCCAGCAGGAAAAACCAUGCAGACCAGAUCAGUGUGUCGUCUUCAGGGUCCAGUGGCUCUGAGAUGGAGGAUCUCUCCACCCCUCCCUCCACACUCAGACUGCAGUCUCUGUCCAGCUCCUGUCAAAAUGUGGCGGAGGCCUUACCCUCCUCCCCGGAUGGCUCCACUCCCUCCACUUGUUCCUCCAGUUCUCAGCCUGACCUCUCUGCUCCAGUGGCUGCCCACCCUAAACCCAUGCUGGCCUCUCAUCAUAAGCGCUCUGUGUCCAUGACCUCCCUCCCCCUCUACAACAGACAGGUGGCUGACUCCUGUAUAGUGAGGGUCAGUGUGGAGGCUGGCAACGGCAACAUGUACAAGAGCAUCCUGCUGACUGGUCAGGACAAAACUGCCCAGGUGAUCCAGAGGGCCCUGGAAAAACACAACCUGGAGCACCUGACCUGUCAAGACUUCACCCUCACACAGUUGAUAUCCCAGGAAAGAGAGUUACUCAUUCCGGACAAAGCUAACGUCUUCUACGCCAUGUGCACGUCGGUGAACUUUGACUUUGUUCUGCACCAGUGUCCAAAGGGUCAAAAGAAACCUCUGUGCGCUACUUCCAGCCUUGGACGUUAUUCAAAGUAG